CUUCUCCGGUAUGCCGUCACAACUGCUAUGGAACAGUCUCGCCCGCUCAUGUGGCGUGAAUUGGCGAAAUCGGUGCCUGGACGGUCGAAUAAGGACUGUCGCCGGCGGUGGUGGAACAGCUUGGCAGAUGGGACUGCCAAGGGUUUCUGGUCGGAGGAUGAGGACGAGCGCUUGAUGCGAGCUGUCAACAAAUAUGGCACUGACUGGCGUAGAGUGGCCCAGGAGGUCAUCUCGAGAACGCCCGAUCAAUGUUCUAGUCACUGGAGUCAAGUACUGGACCCAGAGAUCAACCACUGUGACUGGACGGGCAAGGAGGCAUGCUCAUUCCAUUCGUCCUUUACCCAGAGGCUCGCUGACAAGGAAUAGGAUGAGCAACUUUUGCACGAGGUCCUUACGCAUGGCACCAAUUGGACCGUCAUCGCCACGUCCCACGUUCCCCGAAGAACAACCCUGUCCCUGAAGAACCGUUACGCUACGUUGCGACUGAGGCAUGAAAACAACAAUAGAAGCGAAGAGAAACCCGUCCCAAAAUU